CAAAACAAACCCAUUCACUUCCUGGUUCCACUUGACUGAAAUCGACACAUUUUAAUUGCUGCAAUCUAAGUGUCUGGGCCAAAGAUUUCCACCAAACUUGCUCAGUUCAUACUUUGUUCAAUUAAGACUUAGUCUGGCACGGUCAAUCGAAAUUUGACAAUUUAUUUACGCAUGCGUAUUGACAGUAAUAAUAUUUUCCUGGCAGAGGAAUGGUUAUGAUGAAGGUGCAUACAUACAUGCUGAAUACCUGUGUCUACACUGUGUGAUUACCACCGCUUUACCGGCCGAUUGGUGCUGUUUUCUAGCUCGUGGAUUACUCCACUAUCCUGACAAGAUGUUGGGUCCGUCUUCUAGUGAGGAGGAGUCGGAAAAUGAAACCAUUGAGGAUGAGAACUCGGAUGUUCUCAGCCUCCCCAGCACGGACCAGAGGAGUCUGUCAGCUAGUGGUGACAACCUUAGUGUCAGUGGGGGUGGAGGGAUGCACUCGAGGCCUAGCAGUGUGCGGCCAGCCAGUCCCAGCCCCUCCCUCAUCAGCGACAAGGAAAAAGAAGAUCUAGAACGUCUCGAGAAGGAAGAGGAGGAGAGGAAACAGAAACUGCAACUGUACGUAUUCGUGAUGAGGUGUGUUGCAUACCCCUUCAACGCCAAACAGCCAACUGACAUGGCCCGCAGGCAGACCAAAGUCAACAAGCAACAACUUCAAACCAUCAAAGACAGAUUCCAUGCAUUCUUAAACGGAGAGACUACCAUCGUGGCGGAUGAAGCAUUUACAAAUGCGGUUCAAAGUUACUAUGAAGUCUUUCUGAAAAGUGACCGUGUAGCAAACAUGGUUCGCAGCGGGGGAUGCUCUGCCAAUGACUUUCGGGAAGUGUUCAAAAAUAAUAUCGAAAAACGGGUCCGUAAUUUACCAGAAAUAGACGGUCUUAGUAAGGAGACAGUUCUUAGUUCUUGGAUGGCUAAAUUCGACCAGAUUUAUCGGGGAGAGGAAGACCCUCGAAAGCAGCCACAGAGGAUAUCAACGGCUGCGUCAGAACUCAUCCUCAGUAAGGAACAGCUGUAUGAAAUGUUUCAGAAUAUUCUCGCGGUUAAGAAAUAUGAGCAUCAGAUCUUGUAUAACGCUUGUCAGCUUGACAAUGCAGAUGAGCAGGCGGCACAGGUGAGACGAGAGCUUGAUGGACGGCUCGCAGCCUGUGAUGAAAUGACACGAUAUCAACAGUACCCAAAUUUAGUAAAACGAGAUUACAAGCGAUUCCCGAAGUUUGUCGUCAAAGAAAUGGAGAGCAUGUAUAUAGAGGAGUUAAAAUCGUCGAUUAACCUUUUGAUGGCUAAUUUGGAGAGCUUGCCGGUGUCGAAGGGUAGCACGGAAUCCAAGUAUUCACUUCAGAAGUUAAAGCGUUAUAAUAGGGAAAGAACUACCCCAUUCUCGCAAGAGUGGUUAGAGCAAGUGUACUGGGCACAGAGUUCAUCUAUCUCAAAAAUAGAAGUAUCGGAGGAUAACGAACCAGCACUCUCCAAACUUGAUGUGGUUCUCAAUUUUACACUCGAGGUUGUUGUCAUGGAGGUAAAAGGCCUAAAAUCACUCUCUCCCAACAAAAUCGUUUACUGCACAAUGGAAGUUGAAGGUGGUGAGAAGCUCCAGACAGACCAGGCAGAGGCUUCAAAACCUUCGUGGGACACUCAAGGCGAUUUUACCACCACUCACCCACUACCCGCUGUCAAGGUCAAACUCUACACAGAAAGCUCCGGCAUGCUGAGCCUCGAAGACAAGGAACUUGGAAAAGUCGUCAUACGACCAACAUCGACGAGUAGCAAGAUGCCGGAAUGGUACAAGUUAGCGACAAGCAAAAACUGCCCUGAUGACCUGAAAAUUAAGAUAGCCGUUCGGAUGGACAAGCCACAGAAUAUGAAGCAUUGUGGGUACCUCUAUGUGAUGGGAAAGACUGUUUGGAAGAAGUGGAAGAAGCGAUACUUUGUACUUGUUCAGGUAUCACAGUAUACGUUUGCGAUGUGCAGUUAUCGUGAGAAGAAACCGGACCCCACCGAAAUGAUGCAGUUGGAUGGCUAUACGGUCGACUACUGUGAGCCAGCUGAUGUUGGAUUAGGCGGCAACUGCUUCUUCAACACAGUAAAAGAGGGCGAUAGCGUCAUGUUCGCCACAGACGAUGAGAAUGAUCGCCAGCUCUGGGUACAAGCGAUUUACCGUGCGACAGGACAGUCGCAUAAACCGAUCCCACCUGUUCAGCAGACACCAAAUAAGAUUAGCAACACUCAGAUAUCACGGAUGCAAGGAGCGUGUUUUCCAGAUGCUGAUAGAGCAAGAAAGCAUGGCUUAGACGAGUAUGUGCAGGCUAACCCCUGUAGGUUUGAUCAUGCCGGUUUAUUCAGACUUCUUCAGACCUUGACCUUAGAUUACCGACUCAACGAUGCGUAUACCUGUUUGGGUUGGUUCAGUCCAGGUCAGGUCUUCUGCCUGGAUGAGUAUUGUGCUCGUUACGGUGUGCGUGGCUGUUUCCGCCAUCUUUGUUACCUGAACGACCUCCUCGAGAGAGCGGAGAACGGCAUCAUGGUCGACCCCACCCUCAUUCAUUACAGCUUUGCAUUCUGUGCUUCUCACGUUCAUGGAAACAGGCCUGAUGGUAUUGGGACUGUGACUCACGAGGAAAGAGAGAAAUUUGACGAAAUCAAGGAGCGAUUACGCAUCCUUCUCGAGAACCAGAUCACACAUUUUAGGUACUGUUUUCCAUUCGGACGACCAGAGGGCGCACUCAAAGCUACUCUAUCACUCUUGGAAAGGUGGUUUGAGGUCAAGGCGGCAGAGGACAAGGUUCUAAUGAAAGACAUCGUAACGCCAGUCCCACCAGAGGAGGUACGACAUGUGAUCAAGAAGUGUCUCGAGAACGCUGCCCUCGUUAACUACACUAGAAUAUCUGAAUAUGCAAAAAUAGAAGGACGGGAACAGGGAAAGAAAGACUCAUUUCGUGAUGAUGUACCUCCAGAGCGACGCCUAGAAGACAUCAUCCACCUCGCUGAACUCUGCAUCGAAGUCUUGCAACAGAACGAGGAACACCACGCAGAGAAAAAACCUGCCACGAGAACGUUUCACUCCGCAUUUGCAUGGUUCAGCGACUUACUCGUCGAGCAUGCCGAGAUCUUCUGGUCCUUGUUUGCGGUCGACAUGGACGCCGUCUUGGAGUCACAACCGCCAGACACGUGGGACAGCUUCCCGCUGUUCCAGUUACUCAAUGACUAUCUAAGAAAUGAUGAAAAUUUGAAUGGUGGGAAGUUCCACAAUCAUCUGCGGGACGUGUUUGCACCACAAGUUGUACGAUACGUGGACUUGAUGGAGUCGUCAAUUGCCCAGUCGAUACACAAAGGUUUCGAGAAGGAGAAGUGGGACCCACAGGGGAAUGGUUGUGCAACAUCAGAAGAUAUGUUAUGGAAAUUAGACGCCCUGCAGUCGUUCAUCCGCGAUCUACAUUGGCCUGAGGAAGUUUUUGGAGAGCAUCUUGACCACCGACUCAAGUUGAUGGCAGCCGACAUGAUAGAAGCUGCUGGGAAAAGGACUCUGAAAGCUUUCGAGCUUUGGCUCAAGAAGGGUGGCAAGGGUACCGACUUUAUCUUCCAUUCCGAGUGCUGCGUCAUGAUGAAUGUCAUCAUCGACUGUAAGAACCAAGGCUUCAAGCUCUGUGCACUCGACAGCGGCGCUGAUAUGCAUCAGUACCACACCAAGAUAGAUGAGUUCUUAGAGAAGGUGCAAUUACAGAUGAACAAAACUCUAGUCGAGAAGUUGUUGAGCGUGUUGGAUAAUGUUCUGGCCAAGCUUGCACGGUACGACGAGGGCAGUUUCUUCUCAUCCAUUCUCUCAUUGGCAAAACCGGUGAAUGAAUUGGGCAAAUCGUAUGUCGAUUUCAUGAGGGGUAACCUUGAACAGCUUAGACAGAAGAUCACAGACGAACUCUACAUUCUCAACAUCUUCGAGCAAUGGUAUUCUGGUCAGCUGAAGUCUGUGUGCGACUGGUUGACGGACCGUCUCGAUCUGUCACUGCAUCCGUAUCAGUUAGCCUGUUUGAUGAUCAUCGUAAAGAAACUGUUCACCGACUUUGAGCUGCAAGGCGUCCCAGAAAACUCGUUAAAUAGCAAGACGUACGAGACGAUAUGCAGCCGGCUACAGGUGGAGGAGGCGACGCAGUCGGUAACGGGAGGAGGUGUUGCCACCAAGACGACCUUCCUUAGCAACGGAGCAGCGCGGGGCGGAGGAAGCUCAGACUCGGACUAGACAGCCCAUAAUGAUCACGAACCACAUUAAAGGAGUUGGGAUCGCUCCAGAUGCAAAUCAUAGCAACUUAUUAACACCAGUGUACAGGAUGUCAUAGAGAAACAUUUCAAGUUAUUUCGUGAGGUUUUGAAGUUUGCCAAUUUUUGAUUGGUUUGUUUAGGUAGGUUUUGUACGAUGUUGCCUAGGUUACCGAAAAAUUGAGCUGCACAUAAACGGAUGCGCGAACCCUUGCCUGACGACGGCAUUAUCUGAAUAUAUUCCCAGGAUGCACUUUGUAAAAUGUCGGAUGAAACUUUGUCGGGAAUCGAAUACUAUAAAUGCUCAUACGCACUACACCAUUGAAUGUAAAAUUGUACUUAAAGUGCAUACAUUAUACUAUCACUGCACCACAGUGUAGACAAAGCCUAAAUACAUAUCUGUAUUGUUAAGUGACGACUGUUUGGAAAGUUUCCGAUUCUGUGUGUCGUUUCAAACUAACAGUCUUAUUGGUGGCAGGUCUUAACUAAAUGUCAUGAGCCAUGUCUGAAAGUUUCUCGAUUUAAAUUUGGCAAAUUGUCUGAUUCAAUAUUGAAAAUGAAACCUGUUUUGCUCUUUGUGGCAAAACACAUUGUGCCUCAUUACUCUAUUAAAUAUGCAUGGUUGUAAUGUACAAAUCAUAUGUAUAUUGUAUAAGUACUUGUAUAGAUUUUUCUAACAAUUUCAAGCGUCUGUCUGUCUGUACGUUACAUCUGUUUGUCUUACUUGUAAACUACAUCGCGUGUCAGGGUUAGAUUGGAUUGGUACACUAGUACGAUGAUCUAUCAGAUCGUUACACUUGUACAUUGAUCUAUUAAAUCAUUACACUUGUACUUUGAUCUAUUAAAUCGUUACACUUGUACAUGAUCUAUUCGAUCAUUACACUUGUACAUUGAUCUAUUGGAUCAUUACACUUGUACACUGAUCUAUCAGAUCAUUACACUUGUACAAUGAUCUAUCAGAUCGUUACACUUGUACAAUGAUCUAUUAGAUCGUUACACUUGUACAAUGAUCUAUUUUGACCUUUACCUUGGUGUAGCAUAGCAGAGCUUAGAAAGACAUCACAUCAUAAACCAUCGUUAUUUUUAGCGUAUAUAUCUUAAACAAGGGCAUCUGUGCAUUAUUUAUUACUUAGAAUGAAUAGUUGGUACAAUUACUCGAAUGAGAAUUAAUCAUUGUGUAUAUUUUUAUCCAUCACUCAUGUUUCAUACUAGUUUUUGGUAGACUAGCUUUCUCUUUCAUUCCUCUUUACUAUAUACAUUGUACAUAGUUCUAAUAUUCAGUCUCGUAGAAUGCAAUUAAGGCCAAUGAAAUUAGAUGACUUGUUUCUUGUCUUUUUGAAGAAAACUUUGUGCAAAUGUUUGUUCCAAAGGGAAGUCAUUACCAAAAUGAACAAGAUCAACACAACUUUACAAGAUGGCUAAUUGACAUACACAUACAUAGCUCUCGGUUAGAGAUUAUUGAUGAUGAACAUUUUUUGGUGCGGGGCAAGAAACGCAUGCAGGCAUUGAUAAGAAACGAGUCAUUUGAUUUCAUUGGCCUUGUGAUACACAAGUUACUGGAAUGUCUUGUGGCAAAUUGCUACUUUUUUCACUAAAAUCAAAGAUUUUGAGUAAAAAUACACUGAACAUUAGAAUAUCAAACUCUCAGACAGAAAGGUCAGAAAUGCAGCAUGGCUAGUCCCUACAUGUGUGUGCAAACAAGAGUCACUGAGCAAUAGGCUGUUAUCAGUUAUGCUUUAAGGAGUUAUGGCGGGAAACACUUUAGCAGAUCGCAAAAAGAAAACUGCACAAAAUUUCGGUGGUUUUCAGUAUUUGUUUUGUUUUUGCUUCUUGUUGAUAAUUGGUUUUCAUAAACGAUUGUUUUGUAGAAAAUUUGUUUGUAAAUAUUGUUUUCUUUAUGUGAUAUUAUAGCGUCUGUUACAUUUAUUAUCAUAAUUUUAUGAAAUAUGUUGAUAUGUGUAUAUUUUGUGAUUGUUGAUGGAGCUUUAGUCUGUAGGUGGGAUCUAGUCGUGAUGUGAUGUGCAUUGCCAAAAAGUUCCUGGUCAUAGGUCAUAAAAUAUGCUGUGUUACUGUAAACCACCUUAUGAUCGCAAGUGUUUAAUUUUCACACAUUUCGCCAAAAAAUGAAAUUCUUAAUUUUUUUAUUUGAAAAGAUGGAAAGAAAGUUCGUAGUAUGCCAAAUAUUAAAAUUUUUAAAAUUUCAUUUUUUUUCAUUUAUUUUAAUUUUUUUCACAUUAACCCUUUUUUCACAAAAUUUGCCCAAAAAAAUUUUAAUUAAAUUUUUUUCAUAUUUUUCACAAAUCGCAAAAAAAUUUAAAUUCUAAGCUUUUUCAUUACCAGGGUAAAUUUUCCAAAAAACGCAGAGAAGGGAUUUUUUCAAUUAAAUUUUUUUCACAAAAAUUUGGCGGUAUACCGUGUGUGACCUGUAAUAUUGAUUUCAUCGAAUAUGGCAUCAGCACAUGACUGGUGGUUUUGUUUGUGUGUACUGAUUAAAGACCAUGUAAUGGUUGCGUAAUACCUGUUAUACUUCCAGUGAGUAAUUUUUCUCGUGAUUUCAUCCUGAUUUUAUCGUCACUUUUAAAAAGCUUCAUUGUCAAUCAAAAUCUAAAGCCUAAUAUCGCUUAUAGUUUGGUGUUGGUGGUAUUCGGUUUUUCCCAUUGUUUAUUAUCCUCAUGUCUGUCAUGUUUUGCUCCUCCCACAAAAUGACCCACCAUUUCAAAAUCUAACAAUUCAAAACUUUUUCAGACGUUACCCAAUCAGAAAAGACGUAUCGUGCCUGCUCAGCUACAAAUUAGCCAUGAGGAGUACAGGGUUUUUGAUUGGUCAAAACCUGUCACAUGACAGGAAGUCUCAAAUUAGUUCUUCUUGCGCUUGAGGAAAGUGGCAAUUAUAGUAUUAUUCUCAGCAAUAUGCCUGUUUGAAAUAACUUAGUCAAUUACCGUGAGAACUGCCAACUUUUCCACUUGUGUGCAAUGUUUGUACAGACAAUUAAAACACAUUCUAUUGUUACAGAAAUCUCCUAGUCAUACCUUGUAUAAAAUCCUUUGGGUUGUCGAAUACAUCGGUUAUAACCCAAGCAAGUCUCCCUUUUUUACGGUGAGGUGCUCCCACAACCGAUAAUCUUAACAGUUGUUUACAUGUGAAAUGCAUUUUGGUAGAUACUCUUGUAUUACGCAGUCAGUUCUACCCCUAACCAGUCCUAAGUCAUGAAUUUGCCCGUAGUUGACCACCAGUCUGCUUUUGCAAAAAUCACUAGUUUGCGACAGGUUUUAAUGUACAGGCCCCUCCUGUCUAGGGUAGGAAGAGGAGAAUAGGUUACCUUCCAAUGACAGUCAUUCCAAAUAUCAAUCCCACCGUGUUAAAAAGUGACGAUCCCAGAGUUUUUGAGCUGUGUUCAAGUUAUUAUGCUCUUUGAUUAUGCAAAUUAUAUUUGAUGAACUUGCUAAUUUUAGUGAAGCCAGUAAUCCGACAGAAUGGAAUUUAAAGGAGGAGUUUCAAGAGACAAUGCUCGGCUGGCAUUUUACAGUUACAAUGUUCCUGUGUAGAGGGCGUUGCAGGUGUAUAAUGUGAUAUGUAUGUAUACAGUUGGUAGAAUGAUUGUGUAUAUUUUCGGAUGCAUUCAAGAACUCCUCUUCAUACAGGAACAGGACGAGUAGAGUGUCACCCUGGCGUUAUCUUGAAACACAUCUCCUUUAGGUUCAAAUUGGGUGGGUUUCAAUGGGCGCUUCACGUUGUUACGAAUUUGCCAAUAAACAAAAUGUCCCUUGUCCCUGUGUUGGUUUAUUUAGUAGCCGUCUAUUCUAAAGAGAGAAAAGUACUGUGUAUAUGUAAAUGAAGUGUGUUAACAGGUUCUGAUCUCAGUGGUCAGUCCAAGUAUAAACCAAGUUUUGUUCGGGACAGCAAUAUUGGGUGUAAUAUGGACAAGUACAGCUAAUGAACACUUAAUUCUUAUAAAGUGCUUUAUAAUGUACAACAUUCUUAAAGUGCUUUACAUUUACAUGUAUUUCCAAGGCAAAUCUAGAAACCUUCCUGUCAAAAACCAAAGACCGCAUAUAUUCCGUGAAACUUUGCAAUUUCAGGCCAGUUGUUGCAUAAAAAAUUCGCUCAACAAGAAUGUACAUUUCAGCAUUUAUACACUCUUGCACCUAAAAUCACACUGUGUGUGCACGAUGAAGAAUUUUGCCACCUGUUGGCGAUAAAGAGCAUUACCUCGCACCCUUGUCAUAGCUCAAUGUUACUGUCCCUUCCAAGACAAUGUGCAAAUAUGCAAUAUGUGUGAACCAAGUUUACUUCAAUUCAUUCAUGUAAAAUUGUGAAACUUAUUGUACGUGUACAAAGUUAUAUAUAGAGAAAUGAACAAGUUAUGACUAAGUCAUCCUGGGGAAGCAGUCCCCCAAGUGACCAGGCCUCUUAACUCACCAAGCAGCCUGCCCUGAAGGGGGUCUCGGAGAGGCCUGGGAAAAUGUAUGCCUCACAUGAAAAACAGCAAAAAAGUGCAGUUGGUAAAUCUAUUCAACUAUCAACCAGGGUCCAUCUUGUAACGAUGACAGUAUGACAUGGUAUGCAUUAAAUAACCAGUGGGUUACUCUUAUCUGUAGUGCACACUCAAAAUUGGUUCAUGAUCCACUGGCCGAAAUUAGGUGCGUUUUGAUCUGUAGGUAAUGCAAGGCAUGCUUGAAGAACUUCCUUAUAGGUAAGCACUAGGCCAUUUUAUUGCGCAUUCUCCCAUGGCAGGCCAGCUCGGCAAGUUGGAAGGUUUGCCAGAUUCUCCGCAAGCUGGGGAAUUGUCUCUUCAGGGUGCAAGUCCUGUAACAAAUAGUUGUGUUUUUAGUUAGGCCAUGUUAUAAGAAUUGGUAGUUGAUCAUGUAUUAAAUCUGAAGUCACAAGACUUCACUCCAAGCAUGUUAAAGCAGGAUUAUCUGCAGAAGCUGGGCUAUCCUGGUUUGGACUGAUGAUGAAAAUAUGUGGCGUAUAAACAUGAGUAUUGCCAAUGUACUGUAAGAUAAGAGACACCUAUUGGCAAUUUUGUGUAACUUAAAAUGCCCUGCCUGGCAGCUGCUUAUAAUCUUUCUUUGAGAGUGACACCUGGAGUGCUAUAUACAGGGGCUAUGGCAGCGGGUCGUUUCUGUCAAAUUUCAAUGCCUAACAAGUGGGAUAGAUCAAAGAGGGUAAGAUAAAGUCUCCCAAUAGUUUGAACAAAGUCUUCUUUGCCUGUGAAUGCCGUAACUGGUUCUAAUCCGUAAAUGAUUUGUGUGGCACAAAGCUGAAGAUCUUGUGAAUUUUUUCACUGUGCCUCAUCACUUUCUCAAGCCUCUAUACCCACAGCCGCUCUUGGUUUUAUAACUGAGGUUGCCAGAUAUGUUCACAGACUAGCAUUAUCAAAGGCCUCGACUGGGAGAGCCAUCACUAUUAACCCCCCAUUGGUGACAUCUCCAGCUUCGAGCAUCUCCUUUAGAGCCCCAUGAUCUGUGCCAAGGCAAUUGAAUCAAUGGGGUUUAUGGCGUUAGUGCUUAUUAUUUGAACACCAUCCGUGUUGGGUUAAGAUAUUGGUUGACCUUUACAUCGCAAAAGAAACCAGGUCCUCCUAUUCUAUUGUAAGAGGGGUAUAAUGGAAUAAAAAUAAACUACACAUGGCCUUACACCCCUCAAAAUGAACUAGUCUUUUGACUGUUUCUUUUGUGUCGACUUCCUCUUGUGGUAAGCAUGUAUUUUUUAAGGUAAACCGGUACCUUCAUCUAAUGUGUAUACAGAAUGAAUAUGAGUCUACUUGUGAUUUCGAUACUGUAUCUAUUCUAGUAGAUGUUAUAAAUAAAGUUGAACAUCAGUCAUUAAGUA